UGCUGGCGUUCGCCCGCACUCCGCCUCGCGGGCCCGCCCCCAGGCCUGCCACCUUCAGCCAGCCCCGCCCGUGUAGCAGCUGUGCAGUGUUCCCAGGCACAGAGCCCUGGGUGCACUACCCGGGCGCAGAGACUUUUGGACAGUGGUCUGGUGGACAACCGGCGGGAUAUAGCAGAGACCUCUCCGCAGUGAGCGGCGAGCGGUCCAUGGAGUCCGGGCUGCUACGGCCGGCGCCCGUGAGUGAGGUCAUCGCCCUUCACUACAACUACACCGGCAAGCUGCGCGGGGCGCGCUACCAGCCCGGCGCGGGUCUGCGCGCAGAUGCGGUAGUGUGCCUGGCUGUGUGCGCCUUCAUCGUGCUGGAGAACCUGGCGGUGCUCUUGGUGCUGGGUCGCCACCCUCGCUUCCACGCGCCUAUGUUCCUGCUCCUGGGCAGCCUCACCCUGUCGGACUUGCUGGCCGGGGCGGCCUACGCCACCAACAUCCUGCUGUCGGGGCCUCUCACGCUACGCCUGUCGCCUGCACUCUGGUUCGCGCGCGAGGGGGGUGUCUUCGUGGCGCUCGCCGCGUCGGUGCUGAGUCUCCUGGCCAUUGCGCUGGAGCGCCACCUCACCAUGGCCCGUCGAGGACCCGCGCCCGCCGCAGGUCGCGCUCGUACACUGGCGAUGGCGGUGGCCGCCUGGGGCGCGUCGUUGCUGCUCGGGCUGUUGCCGGCUCUGGGCUGGAACUGCCUGGGACGCCUGGAAACCUGCUCCACUGUGCUGCCGCUCUACGCCAAGGCCUACGUGCUCUUCUGUGUGCUGGCCUUCCUGGGCAUCCUGGCUGCCAUUUGUGCACUCUAUGCAAGGAUUUACUGCCAGGUGCGGGCCAACGCGCGUCGCCUGCGUGCGCGGCCCGGGUCCCGCAGGGCCACCUCGUCCUCACGAUCGCGGCACACGCCACGGUCGCUGGCCCUGCUCCGCACGCUCAGCGUGGUGCUACUGGCCUUCGUGGUCUGCUGGGGACCUCUGUUUCUCUUGCUCUUGCUGGAUGUAGCGUGCCCAGCCCGCGCGUGUCCCGUGCUCCUGCAGGCCGACCCCUUCCUGGGUCUAGCCAUGGCUAACUCACUCCUGAAUCCCAUCAUUUACACGUUCACCAACCGAGACCUGCGUCACGCGCUCCUGCGACUGCUCUGCUGUGGCCGCCGGCCCUGCAGCCAAGGCUCCUCCAACAGCUUGCAGCGAUCCCCGAGUGCUGCUGGGCCUUCGGGUGGUGGCCUGAGACGCUGCCUGCCACCAAGUCUGGAUCGCAGCUCCAGCCCAUCAGAACACUCUUCUCCCCAUCGGGACAGAGUGGACACUAGCUGCUCCAUCGGCAGUCCGGGAGCAGCUACCGCCGACCGGACCCUGGUGCCUGCUUCUUCAGACUGAUGCUCUUCAACCCACUGUGACCCCUCGCAAGUGCAUCAUCUAAAGGAAACAGCCGAAGACAGACAACAGGGAUAGAAAAAAAGGAAGGCAAAUGGAUUGAAUGUCCUAUAACAGGAACAGACAAAAGUACGCUCCUCGCAGGUUUGACAUGGACCAUCAGAAGUGAGUGAUGGAAAAGUGGACAGGCAGUGAUGUAACUUGAGCUGGGAACCCCCGAAGCAGCCAUUCAGUGUGGCUGGAGCAGAAGCUGAGCAGCAGCAUGGGGAGACUUGAUAUGAAAGGGCAGGUUGUGGUUAUUGAUUCUGAGGAAGGCCUGUGAUGUGGCUCCUAGGCAGGUGGAAGCCAGAGACUUCUGAACAAAGGCCGAACUUGCCCGGAUUCAGACCUCCACAGGUACUCUGUGACUCCCAGAGUUCCAGGGGCAAAGGGUGCUCAGAAGCUGAUGAAGUCUAGAUAGGUAGGGUGUGCUAAUAGUUGGCAGGAUGAGUGACUGGCAGAGUUGUGGAGAAAGAUAACAAGGCAAGCCUGGCUCCAAAAAUUUAACCCUGGACACUUUGCCAGAUAUCAACUGCUGAGCUUUCAGAGCAUGGAGUCAGGUUCUUCACACAAAAACAAACGAACUGCAAUAGAACAAUUUGAGCUGCUGGUCUCACUGGGAUCUUUCAGAAUAAAUGCAUUCAUCUAUUUAUUUAUUUUCACCAGAGAGCCCUAAUCAUCAUCUUUAAGUUUUUAUUUGCUAGGUAAUGAUGGCGCACACCUUUAA